AUGCCUAAAAGAAAGAGAGACGACGUUAUCAUUAGUCCGAGCUGGAAAGUAUAUAUACCCCAAGAUGUGGUGCAAGAGAUUCUCAUAAGACUUGCUGUGAAAUCGUUAUUGAGAUUGAAAGCUGUUUCGAAAACAUGGAGAAGCCAAAUCGAAUCUCGUACUUUCCAUGACAGACAUCUCAGACAUCAGCACAAAUCUCGAAACCUGAGUGUCUUAGUAUUCAACGAUGACGAUGACGCUUCCGCCACACUUAGAACACUCAGUGUGGGAGCAACAUCACUUUCCUUGGAGAACCAUAGUACUUACCAUCUCCAACUCCAUCCUUCGCCGUUCAAAUUUCCACGUGUAACUAGUUUUGGUAUUCGAAUUACUUCGGGGAGUUGUGAUGGUCUCGCUUGCUUAUACUCAACCUUCUUGACGUAUGUGAUCAAUCCCGCUACAAGAUGGUACCGUAAAGUCCCCGAGUCGAGAUGUCAAGCACGUAUUAAAGCCCUUUUCGAGCGUACUUUGAUAGCCAGUAAGGAGGGUCAAGUGCCGCAGAUCAAGUCAUUCCCUGCACUAGGAUUCGGUAAAGACAAUGUGACAGGGGUAUACAAGUUGGUUUGGUUGUGUAGCUCUACCUACUUAAAUGGGGACAACCAAAAUAACAAUACAUGUGAGGUUUUCUCUUUUGACAGCAACAACAACACUUGGAACGAUGUGGUCGUUUCAUGCCCUGAUCCAGUAGUACACAAUAUGCCCCCAGUGCACGCACAUGGAUCCCUCCAUUGGCUCAUCGACUCCCUCCUAGAAAAACAACUCUUAUCAUUCGAUCUUCACACCGAAACUUUUACGGUAGUGACAAAAUUACCUGUCGCCUACUCAACAAUUCACCACAUCACCAUGUGCACCUUGAAUAACCGCCUAUGCUUGUCGGAGUAUAAGGGAGAGAUACAAACCGUAUGGUCGUUCAAUCAAGACAACAUGACUUGGGACAAUACCUACUCCAUAAAUCUCCGUUCAACUCUCACUUGCAUGGAAUAUGAAUAUCAUUACGCAGUCCCACCGAUCACACCCCUUUCUGACGACAGGUUAUUGCUUUAUGAUUUCAGCGACGGCGAGGAGAAGCUAGUGCUAUAUAAUUAUCGGUUAAAUUCGUUUAGUAAGUUUCUCAAGGCUCCGUUUAGUUCGCCCGGUAUUUCUUAUUACCAAAGCUUGGUCACCCUUUAA